AUGACACUACUUGUGGGUCUUGCACUUCAGAAAGCGACGCAGUAUCUUCAACUUCUCCAAACACUUGCUCACCAAAAUGUACAGAAAGAAAAUAUCGUUUGCAUUAUUUAGUAAUAAUUUUUAUAAUUUAAAUUAUAAUUUUUUAGAGGUCAAUGCACAGUUGGCUCAAACGGCUGCGCUACUUGCACAGAUGACACUACUUGUGGAUCUUGCACUUCAGAAAGCGACGCGGUAUCUUCAACAUCUCCAAAUAUUUGCUCACCUAAAUGCACAGCUGGCUCAAAUGGCUGCGCAACUUGCGCAGAUAGCACUACUUGCGGAUCGUGCUCUUCAGAAAGCGAUGUAG